GAUCAAUACAGAGAGCAGGAAGAGACUGAAAAAAUGAAUAAUCUAUUUUGCAGACUUCAGCUUGAAGUCAGAGACCACAAUAAACUGAGCACUGCAGAAGUUCAUCAGUUAUCUAAACAUUCAUUACAGUCACGUGAGUCUUGUGCUGAAGAGGAGCUGAUUCAGACUUUCAUACAAAAACUACUGAUGCUGGAUUACAGAGCGAGAUACAUUGAAACUAAUCAAACCAAUGAGGAGGAUCACACACAAUCAAGAGACAAUGACUCAUGUCAAGAUGAUGGUGAUAUAUUUACAGCAAUGUCUUUGUCUAACAAAGGGACAAGUCAGUUUGAGCGGAUACACCCAAUGGAUAUUCAGAUGGCUGUGUUUCAUUGUGCUGAUGGAUUCCUGAAGCAGUUGAUGGUCACUAAACUGUCCCAGUGUCAGUACGCUCUGCCUCUGCUUGUUCCUGAUCCAUUCACACAACAGAUUGAGUUUCCUCUCUGGACAUUCAGACAAAUCAGCAAGAGCUGGAAGAAGAGAAACACCAACAAUGAAAUAUUUAGUCAAACCCAUCCGGUCUACAAGGCACAAACUCCGAUGGUGUCUUUCUUCAGGUUUGACUCUGUGUCUUUAUCCAAGUCUGAGCUGAUGAACAGUCUGAUCAAUGACAAACACAACACGUUCUUCCACAGGAACUGUCCAGGCAGCAGCAGAACCAGAGUCCUGAUGGAUGGAGUGGUGGAGAUCGCCUGGUUCUGCCCCUCUGGGAAAAACACGGAUAAAUUCACGGACUGUGUUGCGUUCUGUAAUCUACAUGGUGAUGCAGGAGAUCAUGAGAAACAGCUGCAGAUCCUCACUGAACUGGCCUCAGUCAAUGUUGUUCUUCUACCACAACUGGACAAGAAUGACAGAAGUGCAGGAAUGAUCCAGAACUUGUACAAAGACUCAAAGCCACUCAUUUGUCUUUUUACUGAGGAUGAAUCCGCUGUAACUAAGCCGAAGAAAGGGAAAUUCAAGAUUGGUUUGAAAGACAGAAAUCGGGCAGAUGUAUCUGAAGAACUCAGAAGAGUCAUAAAUGAGUGUCUCUCAGAGUCAUCUUCCACUUUCAGACUUGAAGAAGUGUCCAAACACUCAGACAUCAGAGUAGAUGAGGAAGAUGAUGAAGACUGCAGGAGAGGAAGAGAAGCAGCACAGCAGAUGAUGAGUUUACUGGAGAAGAAAGAUCUGACAAAAAUCAAAGAUUCAUUUCUGCCUCAUCAGGGUAAACUGUGGCGUCAGUGGUGUCAGAAGAACAAAGAACUACAUCGACCUCAAGGAGAUGAAUUAGAACAGGAAAUAAGUAGAAAACAAACAGAGAUGAAGAAAAUACGGGAACAGCAGCAUGCAUCUAACAUUCAUAAUUUUAUAAAGUUGUUUAUAAAAGGCAUUCACUUGAAAGCUGAGAUACAGGUGUAUUUUCUUAAAUGGCUUGGAAUAUUCCUGGAUGAAUAUACAUCAAAUGACAUUUCUGUUCUUCAUAACAAAUAUGAUGAAAAGUGGUCAGCACUUGUAAAACUGAAAGAGAAACAUGUUAAAUCUCAAAAACUGACAGCUGAACAAACUGACCUUGAGAGAAUAUCUGAGGAUCUUCAAGCCGCAGCCUUUGGUUUGGAGCACAUCAUGAGGGAGAUCGGUCAGAUCUAUGAAUCAUGUUCAUCUGUGAAGAAGAACAAGAAAGGCCUUCAGUUUCACUUCUCUUCUCUCCCGAGUCUCGCAGCAGAGAUGAUGAUCUCUGGGUUUCCACUGGAGCUGAUGGAUGGAGAUGCUGCUCAUGUUCCUGUGAUCUGGAUCUCUGCUGUUCUAGAUGCACUCAUCCAGAAACUGGGAAAUCAGAGAGUCUUUGUGCUGUCAGUUUUAGGGAUUCAGAGCUCUGGGAAAUCCACCAUGCUGAACGCCAUGUUUGGACUCCAGUUUGCCGUCAGUGCUGGCAGGUGCACCAGAGGAGCUUUCAUGCAGCUGGUCAGAGUCUCAGACGAGAUGAAGACACAGAUGAACAUCGACUAUAUUCUGGUUGUUGAUACUGAGGGUCUUCGUGCUCUAGAACUGACUGGAAGAUCAACAAGACAUCAUGACAAUGAAUUGGCCACAUUUGUUGUUGGCCUUGGAAACCUGACCUUGAUCAACAUCUUUGGUGAAAACCCAUCUGAGAUGCAGGAAAUUCUUCAGAUUGUUGUUCAGGCCUUCAUGAGGAUGAAGAAGGUCAGACUGAAUCCCAGCUGUGUGUUUGUGCAUCAGAACGUCUCAGACGUCUCAGCUGGACAGAAAAUAAUGGAGGGAAGGAGACGACUGCUGGAGAAACUGGAUGAGAUGACAAAACUCGCUGCUGAAGAGGAAGUCUGUGAUGCAGAAUGUUUCAGUGAUGUCAUUAGAUUUGAUGUUCAGAAUGAUGUGAAGUAUUUUGUUCAGCUCUGGGAGGGAAACCCACCGAUGGCACCACCAAACCCAAACUACUGUGAGAAUAUUCAAGAACUAAAGAAAACUAUUGUGUCUCAUGCCUCAAAGUCACAUGGAAUGAUGUUGAUAGACCUAAAAGAUCGUAUUAGAAAUCUCUGGGAGGCUUUACUGAAUGAACGAUUUGUCUUUAGCUUCAGAAAUGCCCUGGAGAUUUCAGCCUACAGGAAACUGGAGACCGAAUACAGCAAGUGGUCCUGGAGUCUACGCAGUGCCAUGAUUGAAACUGAGAACAAACUACACAACAAAAUAGAAAAUGAAGCAAUCCAUGAGGUUGAGGAAACUGAUCUUCAAAGAGAACUGAAAAAGACAAGCGAAGAAGUCAAAAAAUCAAUGUCUGAAUUCUUUGAGAAAGACACAGAUGCAGAUAUCCUCAUUCAAUGGAAAAAUUCAUUUGAAAUCAAAACUAAAGAGCUUCAGGAAAAGAUUGUAAGAGAUACAAGGAAGAGAUUAAAUGGUAUUCUUAAUCAGCGAGACCUGAAGAAAACGAUUGAUGCUAAGAGGACACAACAUGAAAACACUCUCUAUGAAAAGAGCAAAGAACUUGCCUUAAAACUCAAAAACAAAGCAAAUGAUGAAGAAACACUGAAGAAAGAGUUUGAUUUGUUUUGGGAUCAGAGUGUGAACAAGAUCCCCAGAGACACUCAUGCAAUCAGAGACAUUGAUAUAUUGAGAGAUGUGAAAUUCCUCCUUGGUGACAUCUGUGAAAGUGUUCCUGUAGACCACUGGAAAGAUGGUAGUGAGUACAACGACAUUUUCACUGUGGAAAGUUAUUCUGAAUAUGUUGUUUUCAACAAUUCAAAAAACACAGUUGAAAGGAUAAUGACGAGUAUGUGGAGAAAUGUAGAGAAAAUUGCCGAGAAAUUAGGAUUUGCUCGACCUCAAGAUGAUGAAGCCCAGAUUAGAUCAUUUGUCCUAAAUGUUGCUCAGGAGACAGAAAAAAUUAUUCAGUCUUUUAACAUUUCAAAGAUGGGAUACAACAACAGCUCCAUUCAACAGCUCAUAUAUUACAUCAAGAAGAGGAUAACAAAACAAGAAAAAACAUUGACAUAUAAGUUCAAUAAUGAAUUUUUUGUUGAUUUGAUUAUUUCUAUCUGUAUGAGAGCAAACAAGAUGAUCACUGACCAACACAGAAUGUUCAGAGAUGCCAAUGAUCCUGAAAUAUAUGUUGACAAAAAAAGAGAAGAGUAUUAUAGUAUUUUCCAGAAAUACUGUCAUGGAUCAACAUCAGCUGCCAUUUUUGGAGAGAUCAUCUGUCAGAAACUGAAAGAGCCCAUUGAGCAGAGUCUCUACAAGAAGACUGCCAGAGAUCUGACAGAUGAAAUGAGAUCAAACUGUGAAUCACUGAAUGGAAACAGAUCAAAUCUGGAGAAACACAUCCUGAAGACACUGGCUGAGAAAGAUGAUUUUGACAAAUACAUGAACUACAUCAAAACUCCCAGAGAUCACUUCAAGAGUUUCAUCAGAGAUGAAGUCAGUCAGUACAUCACUGAUAAGUUCAGUGUCACUGUUUUACCCAAGAUGAAGGAGAACAUUAAACUCCUGCAGAAGAAGAUCAUGAAAGCAGCUCACGAAUCUAGUGAACAUGUUCAAGAGUACAGAGGAGAUGUGGGUUUGUGGUUGAAGAGUUUCACACAGCAGCUCUCAGAUGAGCUGAUCUUCUCUGAAAAAGAUCUCAGUGGAGUGAAGCAUGAUGAUGUUGAUGAUUUCAAACUUCUUGAAGAUGUAAUAAGACAAGAACUUCCUGCGAUAAUGACUGACAUCUGCAGUAGAUUCAACACAAAGACAUUUCCAGUAAAGCUGGACUAUAAGUUCAGGCCAGAUGAGCUUCUGAUUGGUCACCUCUGUCAGUGCUGUUGGGUUCAGUGUCCGUUCUGUAAAGCCAUCUGCACCAACACCAUUGAGAACCAUGAUGGAGAUCACAGUGUCCCUUUCCAUCGUAUUAUUGGACCAAAUGGGUGGUUUUACAAAGGAACAACACACUUGGCUACUGAAAUCUGCACAUCAGCAGUAGCAAGCAAUCGUUCUUUUUAUCCCAAUGACUCAGAAGAUACAUUCCUCUGGAAAGAUUACAGAAAAGCAGGAGGAGUUUAUGCUAACUGGAGCAUCACCCCUGAUCUCUCUGAACUGCCCUACUGGAAGUGGUUUGUGUGGAGAUUUCAGAAAGAUCUGGAAAAACACUACAGUAAAACAUUUGAGGGGAGUGGUAAGAUACCAGAUGAAUGGAGAAAAUACUCUAAACAGGACGCUAUUAAGAGUUUGGAUCAAUACAUUUAAUUGAACAAAUUCAUUAUUUUCUUUUGAAUGUCAGAACAUUUUGAAAGGAGUUUCUGUUCUUUACAUCAGUGACUCUGAAAUUAGUACAGAAUAGAUUAGAGAGAAGAGUUUAAACUCCAGAGAAUCAAUAUAAGACAAAUAACUACUACUUGCAAACAUAAAAAUAAUCAAAUGUAAUCCAUCCAUGUUUCAUUCUGAUUUAAUUUCUAAUUCUGGAUUGUAAAAGAUGUGACGUGUCUGUUAGUGGUUGGAUACUCGUUUUGUUUUGUGCUUUAAGAAUUAUUAAAACAUUGUUCAUGUGAAAUGGGGAUGAUAAUAUAGGGAAGUGUGGUUCUGUACUCUGGAAACAGAAACAUGUCAGACUAUUUUUAAAAUGAUAUUUAGUGUCUCUCUCCAGAUGUCGAGUUAUAAUAUCUAAAUAAAACCAAUCUAAUCUGCA